AUGAACAUAUUCAACCUAGAUAUUACCUUAAAAGAAAAAUUGCAUUACAUCUUAAACACAAAUAUUGCUAGUAUCAUGAAAAACAAAGCAUUAAAUGCAUUUUCAACAUAGUAGGGCAAAUAUUUGAGCUUAAUAAAUUCUGAAUCAAGAGCUAUCACCAACCAGCAUAAAGAUUUAGCUAUAGAUAUAUUAAUUGAAUUUGUCAGAAAAAAACUUACUAAGAAAACCGAUAGCAAACCAAAAUAUGUUCAUGUAAGAAAAUUUGUCCAGCUUUACCUUCACAUGAAAAAUUAGAAGCAAUGA